GAGAUACUUGACAUUGUAUGUACCUCUAUGUAUGACGUAUCUUUAAUUUGUAAUUUCUACAGUGAAAUGUAAUGGUUUGUCGAUACGUAUUCAAUAUCAAAUAGCACAGAGAUUAGUUUAUAAUAUUGAAACUAAUUGUCGCGUGUAAUGUUUGUAAAAAAGUCAUUAUUAUCAUUCUUUAUCUGAUUGAGAAUAUUGCUAUUGACCCAUACAUGCUUAUUGUUAUAACAUAAUGGCCAAAACCAAAGUUACUGGAGCUACGAGUAGGCUGAAACAAGAUUAUCUAAGGCUGAAAAACGAUCCAGUUCCAUAUGUGACAGCGGAACCAGUUCCUUCAAACAUAUUGGAAUGGCAUUACGUUGUAAAAGGCCCAGAGAAGAGUCCAUAUGAGGGAGGUUAUUAUCAUGGAAAAAUUAUGUUCCCGAGAGAGUUCCCUUUCAAACCACCAUCAAUUUACAUGAUUACGCCUAAUGGGCGGUUCAAGACUAAUACCAAAUUGUGCCUUAGCAUUACCGAUUUCCAUCCUGACACUUGGAAUCCAGCUUGGUCUAUUUCGACUAUACUUACUGGUCUGCUUAGUUUUAUGUUGGAAAAAACGCCAACAUUAGGCUCAAUCGAAACAUCCGACUAUCAAAAACGGUGCUUGGCAGCAGAAUCUCUGGAAAUUAAUCUCAAAAAUAAAAUGUUUUGUGAAUUAUUCCCUGAAUAUGUGCAGGAAAUUGAAGAGCUUUUGAAACAACGUCAAGAAGCCCUCCUACAAUCAGAACAUGCCAACAGCAGCAGUGAAAGUGAAGUGACUAAUGAGCAGCAGUCCAAUAUGCACUACAUUUUAACAAACUUAUUUGUGCUUGUGGGUUUUGUGUUUCUUGCAUUUAUGGUGAAACAUGUAUUAGCAUCUAUCUCCAACGACUAAGCAAUAAUUUUGGUUCACCAGGCUGUAAAUAUUGUAAUUUAUUGGGUAAAGAUUAGUUAUAGUUAACUGGGUUGGAUGGUCAGGCAAAUUUUUCACUUCUAUUCUAAAUUAUUCCAAUUUCUCGUAAGUAAAUUGCAUAUUAAGCUUGUUUUUUUAUUACAUGUAUGUUUUGUACCUACACAAAAUAGUUUAAAUACUGAGAGUAUUAAUAGUUACCAUUGAAAGUAAAUGCAAUAUUAUAAUUAUUGGUAGCAUGCUUAUACCCAAUCUAUUUUAUAAUUUACGAAUGCUAAAUUACAUCGUAAAUAAAACUGUGAUAGAAAAACAGAAUUAAAAAUUCCAUUACAAUAGUUUAACAAAUUAUUUAUUGAUCAUAAAUUUAUAACAAAUGUUAAUAUUUAUUUUAUUGAAUACAAACAGUAUUGUUUCAUUACCUUAUUUUUCUCGUAUUAUGUCUUAAUGAUAUAAAUCUUAUGAGAUAAUAUUUGACUUUGUUUUAUUGUAAGUGAGCUUACAUUUAGCCAAUCUUAUGAGCACAAAAAAAACACUGAUUUUCUCAAAAUUUAUUAAUUUGAAUGAAAAAGCUCAUAUAAAAUCUGAAUUUCACAUAUAGAAAUAUUUUUAUUGUGAUGAGUGUUAAGCAAUAAUAACUGUACAAUUCCUCUAGAUAAUAAAUAAUCACACAAAGUCCAAUAUAUUGGAAUUAAAAUUCAUUAAAAAUAAUGCAUAUUCUAGUUUACAACAACUCAUGUGUGUUCAAAAAUCAUGUAUGUACUGUGAAAAUUAACAAGGGAAAUGGUACAUGUUUCAAUGCACAUAGUGAUACAUAUUAUAGUACUGAUUUAAAUUGUAAGAGGAUAUUACACCUGUAUUUUAUAACUUAUUGGUUACAUACAAGUUUUUUCACUAUAGAGCACUGAAAUAUCUGACUAGUUUGAAAUGUAAUUGCAAUAGAUUAUAAUGUAGGUUCUGCAUGGAUGGAUUUUUGUGUGAUCAAGUGUUGUUUUCAUUGUAAUGAGUUGAUGAAACAGUAAAUGCUAUUUUUACA